CAUUCCGUGGUCGUGGAGCGCCCGCUCUGUUCGUUGCGUGUUGGCUCCGCUCGAAGGACAACCGUUUCUGUACGCGAGUGCAUCCGUCCGAGUUGCACUUUUCGAGCGCGUGUUUCCUUCAAAGUGCGGCUCGCGUUGUGAAGAUAAAAAAAAUCGUUUUAUGAAGCUAUCAUUCCACGGCCGGGAAUGAAGAGAUAGUGAGUGGUGGUGCGGAGUAAUUAUUCACCAACCGUCGUCUCACCGGGUGCCGCCAUAUGUGGCUGAAGAAAACGAAAGUGAAUCCUUAUACAUUUCUCUACUUUUUAUGCUUCCCUUACACCCAUUGCUUUACUCACCUUUGUGUGUUUGUUACUGUAGAGCGAACCCUCAGAUGUACCGUGAAAUUGUAGAUAAGACAGUGGUCUUGUUUGCUGUAAAUUAAGCACAUACACACACAAAAAAAAAACAAGUGAUAUACAUUACCCCUCCAGUAAAACUAUCGACAGUUGCCAUCCGUCCUAAACGAAACACCGCUCGUAACGCUUCGGAACGCCGGCGACAGUUGGCUAGCCCGUGUCGAUGUUUCGCUCCGCAUAGUGUAACGUUGUGUCAUAAUGCUGAAGAAGGAGAAACCGAUGCUGUCGGUGGCUGCAAUCAUUCAAGCGCAAGGCCGAUGGGAUCGGUCACUGGCCGGACUGACAGGUUUCGAUGCGGCCCUGGUCGGUCACAUGGGACCACUCUCACCGCCAGAUCUGAAGCCCGACCUAAAGCCGGACAUUUCACUGCUGAACGGAAGUGGCGGUGGUCCGUUCUCGCCCGGCAACAACUGCGGCCCUGGCAGCCCCGGCAGUGGCGGAUUCAACUCCGUCGUCCUACAGCAACAGAAUGCGCUUGUUGUCGGCGGUGGGCUCGGCAAUGGAACGGGUGGUGGGCAACAGAAUCUGCUGGUCGGCGGUGGAGGUUCACAGCAACAGCAAGGAAGCAACGGUGGUGGUGGCAGUGGACCCAACACACCCUCCAACAUCACGCAGCAGUACCCGCCCAACCAUCCACUCAGCGGCUCGAAACAUCUCUGCUCGAUCUGUGGUGAUCGGGCCAGCGGCAAGCAUUACGGUGUUUAUAGCUGUGAGGGAUGCAAAGGAUUCUUCAAACGAACGGUACGCAAGGACCUUUCGUACGCGUGCCGGGAGGACAAAAACUGUACGAUAGACAAACGCCAAAGAAACCGCUGCCAGUACUGCCGGUACCAGAAAUGUUUGGCUUGCGGUAUGAAGCGGGAAGCAGUCCAGGAGGAAAGGCAGCGAAGCUCCAAAUUUUCGAUGAAGACCGAAGAAAUCAACUCGACCAGCUCGGUGCGGGAUGUAGUGGUUGAUCGGUUUCUCGAGGCUGAACAGCUGGGGGAACAGAAGAGUGGUGACAACGCCAUACCGUACUUGCGAGUUGGGCAGACUUCUAUGAUUCCAACAGAGUACAAGGGUGCUGUGUCGCAUUUAUGUCAGAUGGUAAACAAACAGAUCUAUCAGCUAAUCGAGUUUGCUCGACGGCUGCCAAAUUUUUCGAAUCUUCCGCGCGAAGAUCAGGUGACCUUGUUGCGCAGUGGUUGGAAUGAAAUGUUGAUUGCUUCCGUUGCAUGGCGAAGUAUGGAGUACAUUGAAACAGAACGACCGCCCGAUGGUAGGAACGAUGGUCGCGUAACCAUACGGCAGCCGCAGCUAAUGUGUUUGGGACCGAACUUCACCCUGCACCGGAACAGUGCCCAGCAGGCCGGCGUUGACUCACUGUUCGAUCGCAUUUUGUGCGAGCUAGCGAUCAAAAUGAAAAGACUGGAUGUGAAUCGGGCUGAGCUGGGCAUUCUUAAGGCUAUCAUACUGUUCAACUCCGAUAUCCGGGGCCUGAAAUGUCGGAAAGAGAUCGACCAGAUGCGGGAGAAAAUUUACGCGUGUUUGGAUGAGUACUGCAAAACGCAGCACCCGUCGGAAGACGGCCGGUUCGCUCAGCUGCUGUUGCGGUUGCCAGCCCUCCGUUCGAUCAGCCUCAAGUGUAUCGACCAUCUGAACUUCCUGCGGCUGCUCGGUGACAAGCAGCUCGAUAACUUCAUCAUCGAGAUGCUUGAUACACCGUUGUAGGCGGAACUGUCUCCCGAUCUCAGCUCCCCGGACGCGGAUGAGAUCGCCCGAGCGGUGGCGGGGAAUAGCGACGCCCGAGAACCAGAUUCCGUUCUCCUGCUGUCGACCCUGCUGCAGAUGCUGCUGAGGGAGACGGGACUGUUUCUGCUGCUACUAACGCUGGCAUUUCUCAAAGUGUUACUUUCUCGUUCUUAAAAUCUCACGCUUUAGCGAAAUUGCAGCUGAAGCAGGUAUCGGGACGUUAUGAAUUAGUUUCAUAAUUGCUUGUCUGCUUAGCAGGCAGCAUACUUUUCUUACGUUUUUAUGUCAGUAAAUUCGACGAGCACAUCCGUUCCGUUUGUAAAGAUUGCGCUGCUGGAGAGCGCCUACCUGUAAACUUUUUCAAAUUCUGUUAAGUAUGCCGUGCAGUAGCGUCCAAACGGUGGGUGUGCAUUGAAUGAAGGAAAAGCGUGUGAACAAAGAAUCAAAAAAGAAUGACAAACGCUGGAAUAUAAAUUUGUAAAAAGAGUAAUACGUUUAAAACAUAUUGUCCCCAUUGUGGUAGAUGGUAGUUGCACCUAAAUUGUAUAAGUGAUUCGAUGAGAUGUAAGUAAAAACGCUGAAGCACAUAUUACAUUUUUUCAAACGAAUGUGAACAGGAAACACAAACAGCUAAACAAACACUACAAAAUGAUAUGGUGCAAAUAGUUUUUAUCACACUCAAAACUUAAUCCCUUUUACAAAUUAAGUCUACAUAGCUAUAAAGUGAUAGGGGGGGAGGAAAAAUGUGUGAGAGAACCGUUAAGCAUAGUUAUGUUACGUUUUUUUUUUGUUUGUUUUGACCUGAAUGCGAACACACGUCGAUUUGGCCCCUGUCGUGUUAUUGAACAAAGGUAAUCUAAAUAAAAGGAGUGAAAUAAUGAUUUGCUUCAUUUCUGCUAUCGUACGACACAGAAAGAUCACCGAUCGCGGAAGUAUUUUGAACAGAGGAUAGGUGCUAACCGUUGUUUCCAUUGUUCAAAUACGCGUGUUAAAAAUGCUUGCAAACUCGCUCUCGCUUCCAUCCAGCAUUUCCUUACACUCGUUUCCUAUUACACAACCUAGUGGUUUUCUCACUAGAUCUCAUGACACGCGGAAAGAAGUUAAAUAUACAAUACUUUAAUGCGUUGCAAAACAGUGCAUUUCUAUUCGCUUGAUCGAUUAACAGGUUAUGAUUUUUUUAUUUUAUGUCCUUCAAUUUUACAAGCAAGGAAUGUGUCAAGCAAUGCGUAAAUUUUGUUUUACUCACUUUCAAAAAUCCUUAUUUAUCAUCUACCAAUGGACUUAAAGAAUGAGACUAGCUUUAGUGUCUGGCGUUCGUUCAUGAAGCAGAAUUGCGAGCAUGUAGUGGCUCUUUGCGCAUCUAUAGAAGUAUUAGUGAGCGUCCCUCCUUUCCAAAUUAAUGAACAAAAGGAUGUUUUUUGCUCACACAGUUGGAAUGCAACAUACAUAUUGCUGAUACAAAAUUAAAUACAAACCGUUUAUGAGUGAAAGUGUAGAAAAACAAAAUCAAAACCCCUCACCAAAAUACAAUGAAAAUUGUGGAAUUUUUGGAAUAUGGCACAAGCUAAAUGUGAACAAGAGAUUUGCUAUUUAUGACCGAGUAACCCCGUGUAUGAAGAGCAACUGUUGUAAUAUUUCUUCCCUCAGGCAAGGAAAUCUGUUCCCAACUGUUACUGUUCCCUUUCAUCAAAUGCGCACAUUUCGACGCCAACACCUACAACUACAUACCUGCAAAUCGCUAUAGGAGCUUAAAUAAUUGUCUCUAGUGGUGUAAGAAGUAGUGUUGUUUUUCUUUAGACCUUCUUUAGAAACCAUGUGCAAAUGCAAGUAUCGUUCUUUAAAUUGAUCGCCCCCUUAAAGAAAGAGCGCUUGAAGGACCAGAUAAAAAGAAAGAUAUAAAGAGAGAGAGAGAGAGAGA